CCCUAUGGUACCAGAAUGAGAAAAAGCCGUGCAUUUCAGGCUAUAUCUGGUGACUUCGUACUUUUGUUUCUCAUAUGGAUGGAAUCGUCCUCAGGUUCCACAAAUCUUGCACUCCUUCGCCCGGCAACAGCAAGUCAUGACGCUGGUCACACGGGACCGGAUAAAGCUGUGGAUGGGCUCAAUUUCACAGUCAUGGACGUCCCGAAUGGUCUGUACUGUACCUUCGUGGAGACAUAUUCUAUUUCAGGAUGGUGGCAGGUGGAUCUUCAGGCGACUGUCAGAGUAGGCAGUGUCAGGAUCACUCCUGCCGGAUAUGCAUAUGGAUUACCAAAAGACUUUCAACUAGUCAUAUACCCCGAUCCAAAGUGUCCACCAAAUCCACGGCUUUGCUUUGGGUACACUGGAAUGUUCCAAACGGGUGUGGCGAAAACAGUCGCCUGCUCGACUCCAGUGAGAGGACGUUUUGUUCGUCUAAUGCAGAAAGACCCAAUGUUCUUAUGUGAAAUCGAAGUAUAUGAAUUCGAAAACCAAUCACAAGGAGUCAUAUUUAACCAAACACCUGAAAAGAAGAUCGACCUGACAGUGCCUGUUGAGAUGGAGACAAGGUCCUUUAUGGACUGUGCAACACUCUGCCUGCAACUUGGUUCCUGUCCUGCUUUCAAUUUUCGAAGAGAAUCCCGAUUGUGUGAGAUCUCCUCUAGCGGAAACAGCAGUGGACUGACUACGGGAAACCCAGCAUGGGAUGUCUAUGAGCAGGAUUUGUGCUUGGAUAUCUAACAUAUCAAACAAACGUACUUUGUCAAACAUAACAUUCUAUUUAUCAACGUGUUGCGCGAGGGUAUCCAUUAUUACAUGGUGGUAUGUUUACAUUAAUGGUUUUCCUGUUGCCUUUAAACAGUAUGGGAUAAGUUUCUUAUAUAUGUCCAAGAGUUCGUUUUGCAGGAUGUUGACGGAUGGGAGACAAAACGUCGUUGUCGUUCGUG